AUGGCUGCCGGGCCGGCCCCGCCGCGCCCCCUGCCGGGCCGGGCUGGUCCCGCCGGCCCCGACGAGCCGCGGCCGCCCCGGGAGGGCGCGGGGAUGAGGGAGGACUGCACAUUCUUUACAAGGAAAGAAAUUCUGAGGCUGUUCUACAGAUACCGGGAUCUGGCCCCACAGCUGGUUCCACUCGACUACACACAUAAACCAGAGGUGACACUUCCCUACGAGCUCAUUGGCAGCAUGCCAGAGCUGAAGGACAAUCCCUUCCGCCAGCGGAUAGCCGAGGUUUUCUCAGAGGAUGGAGAUGGCAACAUGACUUUAGAUGAUUUUUUGGACAUGUUUUCAGUGCUGAGUGAAAUGGCUCCCAGAGACUUGAAAGCUUAUUAUGCUUUUAAAAUUUACGAUUUUAACAACGAUGAUUACAUAUGCAAAUCAGACCUAAAGAAAACUGUUAAUAAAUUAACCCGGAAUGAACUUACCCCAGAAGAAGUUAGCCUGGUCUGUGAGAAGGUGAUCUAUGAAGCUGAUGCAGACAAUGAUGGCAAGCUGUCUUUGGAAGACUUCCAGCACAUGAUAACACGGGCUCCAGAUUUCCUCAGCACAUUUCACAUUCGAAUCUAAGCCCAGUGAGAGAUGCAGACAAAAGAUGCUUCUUGAACCUUCAAGACCUACUGCUUCAUCUGAGGUUACCAUCCACGAGAGCAAAAUGAGAGGAGCAAAGAGGACAAUUUCUGGUAACUGCCUCAGAGAACUCUUGUCUCUUGUUUACC